CCUCGGGAGUUUUAAUAAUUGUAUUAUUUUGGGUACAAAGCUGGUACUUCUUCUUGAGCCAUGUUGUGGACAAGGUGGCUCGUGCUGCUGCUCUGCUGGGGGUCCACGAGCGGCGAGCGGCAGGCGCGUGAGAGGAGGGACGCGAGCCCGGCUGAGGCCCGCGUGGACUCCCGCAGACAGCGGUCCCCUCCGCCGGUGGAGCCGUUGGAUUUUGGGUUCGUUCCGGCGGCGGUUUAUGACACCCACGCUUACUACGAGCCCGGGGCCGUGGGGGUCCUGUUCCACGUGGUGCACGCGUUCCUCUACGUCAUUCAACCCAACUCGUUUCCUAAAGAUCUGAUUGUUAAAGUCAUUCAACAAAACAUGGGAGGAAUCAAAAUAGAUGAAUGGAGAAAGCCAGAAAACGUGGUCCUGUUACUACAGUGGAUCCACUACGAGGCCGGAUUCCUCAUAUGUGCGACCAUCGGCAUCACCUUCUUGGUCCUCACCCCCAUCAUAGGCAUGUGCUUCUGUGUGUGUCGGUGCUGUGAGAACUGUGGAGGGGAGAUGCACCAGAGACAGAGGAAGAACGUGGACUGUCAGAGAGGUUUCUUCACCGCCUCGCUCAUCGCCACCUCCAUCUUCAUUGUUCUGGGAGUUCUCAUCGCCUACGCUGCGAACCAUAAUGUCAGCACACAGAUCAAGAGCACUCGUCGGCUCAUCAACACCAACAUGAGAGACCUGAGGACGUUUGCCAACAACACACCUGUGCAAAUUGAUUACCUGACAGCCCAGUACACCACAGCAAAGAACAAAGUCCUGUCAGACCUCGACAACAUCGGACCUCUGCUGGGUGGGAGGAUCCACAGUCAGCUGGAGAAAGAGGUUGUUCCCUCACUGGACACGGCGCUGCGUAUGGCAGGAGCCAUGCGGGAGACCAAAGAGGCCCUAGAGAACGUCAGCUCCUCCUUGGAGGUUCUCCAGGAGGGGUCGGGGAGACUUCAGGCUAGUCUGUCAGGGGAGCGUUCCUCUCUGUCCAACACCUUAUCAGACCCAGCCUGCACUAAUGGAGCUGUGUCUCACACCUGUAACACCAUCCGCGCCACGCUGUCGCAGCUGGGAAUCAACGCUGACUUCUCCACGCUGCCAGAAGUCACUCGUGCCUUGGAAAAUAUCAACACCGUCCUGAAAACAGACCUCAGCAACAUUGUUCAAAAGGGUUACUCAUCCUUUAAUGAUACACCAACUCUGGUUAAAGAACAAACGAAAAACAUUGUCGCAGGAGUAAAAGUCAUGCUGGAUAAGAUUGGCAUAGAGAUCAACAGCUUCUCAAAGAUGUUUCCUGUGGAAGCUUCUCUGACCAAUUUCACCAUUUUCCUCACCCAAGGACAGAAGAACAUCGAGUCCUAUUACCCACAGAUUGACCAAAUGGAUUUCUACAGGUGGAUUGGCUGUGUGGCAGUGCUCUGCAUGGUCGUCCUGGUCCUGGCCUUCAACUUCCUGGGACUGUUGUGUGGCACCUGUGGCUACGACAAGCAAGCUACACCAACAACAAGAGGCUGCCUGUCAAACACUGGUGGCAACCUGCUAAUGGCUGGGGUGGGCUUCUCUUUCAUCUUCGUCUGGGUGCUGAUGGGCAUCGUGACCACCCUGUUUGUUGUUGGUGGCAACGUGGAGAAGAUGAUGUGCGAACCGCUCGCUAACCGACAGCUAUUCAAGAUCAUAGACACACCAUUCCUGGUUCAUCCCUCCAAGAAGAACUUCCUUCCAGGGAUGCUGUUUCAGAAUCCGAACAUUGACUUGACUUUGGGAAGCAUGUACAGGGACUGCUAUGAGAACAACGGUCUCUACCAUUCUCUACAACUGGAGACCAUGUUCAACAUAAACUCAUUCCUCAACAGAACUGUUUACAACAGGGAUCUGGCCAAAGUGUUGGAGAGUGUGCAGGUCGACCUGCAGGACAUCACGCUGCUUGAGCAGGCCGGCAGAGACAACCUCAUCAACUUCGCCAACUCUGGAAUUGGACAUAUCGACUACGAAGCCUACCUGGCUGAGGUCACUAAAGGAGUCACUCUCGUGGAUCUCCUCUCCUUCUCUACCGACCUGGAGGCUCAGGCCGACCAAAUGCCACGUGGUGCUCUGGAGAACGCAAUGAAAGGACACGCCAGCAGUAUCAGACAGAUUCACAGAGAUCAGGUGGUUCCGAUGGAGCAAGCAAUGAGUACACUGAGUCAGAGUAUCAAACAGCUGCAGAGGAUGUCCAGCGACCUGCCGGUCAAGGUCACGAAUAUCCUGAGUGCCAUCGAUGCAGCAGAGUACCUCAUCACUCAUAACGCCUCCCAUGUGGUGAAACAGGAAACAAAAGGUUACACACAGAGCUUGGUGGGAUACUUCAAACAGUAUACAGCGUGGGUCAAGAACUCGUUGACUACAGAGGUGGCCCAGUGUAAACCCAUCAGUAACGUUGUGGACAGCAUGGAGAUAGUAGCGUGCAGCUUCAUAAUCGAUUCAGUGAACACAUUCUGGUUUGGACUGGGAGGCUGCUGUAUCCUCCUGAUUCCCAGUAUCAUCUUCUCCACCAAACUGGCCAAGUAUUACAGAAGGAUGGACACAGAGGACGUCUUUGAAGAGUGA